CGUUUUGACCGUAAACAUCCUGCCGAUUUGAACCGAGGAUUUGGGCGGCAGGAAGAGCCGCGGCGUAACGGCCGCCAUCUUGUUUGUUUGAGUGAAUCGGAAAGGAGGCGGCGGCUGUGGCGGCGGCGGGAGCUGCUCCGAAGUUACACCUCACCAAUUUCCUCCUGCUUCAUAGUCAACCAGAACAAUGUUCUACGCACAUUUUGUCCUCAGUAAAAGAGGGCCCCUGGCCAAAAUUUGGCUGGCGGCCCAUUGGGAUAAGAAGCUAACCAAAGCCCAUGUGUUUGAAUGUAACUUAGAGAGCAGUGUGGAGAGUAUCAUCUCACCAAAGGUGAAGAUGGCUCUGCGAACAUCAGGACAUCUCUUACUGGGAGUAGUGAGAAUCUAUCACAGGAAAGCCAAAUACCUUCUUGCAGAUUGUAAUGAAGCAUUCAUCAAGAUAAAGAUGGCCUUUCGGCCGGGUGUUGUUGACCUGCCUGAGGAAAAUCGAGAAGCAGCCUAUAAUGCCAUCACAUUACCUGAAGAGUUUCAUGACUUUGAUCAGCCUCUGCCAGACUUAGAUGACAUUGAUGUAGCCCAGCAGUUCAGCCUGAACCAGAGUAGAGUGGAAGAGAUAACCAUGAGAGAAGAGGUUGGGAACAUCAGUAUCCUCCAGGAAAAUGAUUUCGGCGACUUUGGAAUGGACGAUCGUGAGAUCAUGAGAGAAGGCAGUGCUUUUGAGGAUGAUGACAUGUUGGUCAGCACUAGUGCGUCUAACCUCCUCCUGGAGCCUGAGCAGAGCACCAGCAAUCUGAAUGAGAAGAUCAACCACUUAGAGUACGAAGACCAAUACAAAGAUGACAACUUCGGAGAGGGAAAUGAUGGCGGCAUAUUGGAUGACAAGCUCAUUAGUAACAAUGACGGUGGCAUCUUUGACGACCCCCCGGCACUGUCUGAGGCGGGCGUGAUGCUGCCCGAGCAGCCUGCGCACGAGGACAUGGAUGAGGACGACAACGUGUCCAUGGGUGGACCUGAUAGUCCUGAUUCAGUGGAUCCCGUUGAACCCAUGCCAACUAUGACCGAUCAAACAACACUUGUUCCGAAUGAGGAAGAGGCGUUUGCUUUGGAACCUAUUGAUAUAACUGUCAAAGAAACAAAAGCCAAGAGGAAGAGGAAACUGAUUGUUGACAGUGUCAAGGAGUUGGAUAGCAAGACUAUUAGAGCCCAGCUUAGUGACUAUUCUGACAUUGUUACAACGUUGGACCUGGCGCCGCCCACCAAGAAGUUGAUGAUGUGGAAAGAGACAGGAGGAGUAGAAAAGCUGUUCUCUUUACCUGCUCAGCCUCUAUGGAAUAACAGACUACUGAAGCUCUUUACACGCUGUCUCACACCGCUUGUGCCAGAAGACCUUAGGAAAAGGAGGAAAGGAGGCGAGGCAGAUAACCUGGAUGAGUUCCUCAAAGAAUUUGAAAACCCAGAGGUUCCCCGAGAGGACCAGCCGCAGCAGCAUCAGCAGCGGGACGUUAUCGAUGAGCCCAUUUUGGAGGAGCCGAGCCGCCUCCAGGAGUCUGUGAUGGAGACCAGCAGGUCCAACAUGGAUGAGUCGGCCAUGCCUCCGCCACCGCCGCAGGGAGUGAAGCGCAAGGCUGGACAGAUUGACCCGGAGCCUGUGGUCCCUCCUCAGCAGAUAGAGCAAAUGGAGAUACCGCCUGUAGAGCUCCCCCCGGAAGAGCCCCCAAACAUCUGUCAGCUCAUCCCGGAGUUAGAACUCCUGCCCGAAAAGGAGAAGGAGAAAGAGAAGGAGAAAGAGGAUGAUGAAGAGGAAGAGGAAGAAGAUGCUUCAGGGGGUGAUCAGGAUCAAGAAGAAAGGAGAUGGAACAAACGGACCCAGCAGAUGCUUCAUGGUCUUCAGCGAGCUCUUGCCAAAACUGGAGCUGAAUCUAUCAGUUUGCUUGAGUUAUGUCGAAACACAAACAGAAAGCAGGCUGCAGCGAAGUUCUACAGCUUCUUGGUUCUCAAGAAGCAGCAGGCUAUCGAGCUGACGCAGGCAGAGCCCUACAGCGACAUCGUCGCCACCCCCGGCCCGAGGUUCCACAUCAUUUGAGGAGCUGAAGGUGUGGAAGCCCGUGCUCGGGGCACACGAGAAGACCUUUGAGAAAAUUUCGUUUUUUGUCUGUACAAAAUCUCUGCCUUUUCUUUCAUUUUUUCAAGUGUUUUUAAUUUGUGGAUUUCACCUUUAAGGGAAAUUGCUUGUAUGGGUUGUGUUUGUGUUGCGAUGGAGAAAACAGCACCCCAAGAGCCCAGAAGAUGAUUUUUUAACAGUUCAGAACAGAUGUGUGCAAUAUUGGUACAUGUAAUAAUGUUAACUGUCAAAAGUCAUGAUUUUUAGUACUCUCUUACUGCGUCAAAAGAAAAACCUGUCUAGGAAAAUGCCUGGCAGUUUAAUUCAGAACUACGGUAUGUCUUUGACAGGAAAAAGUGUCUUCCCAUCAGUAAACUAGCCGUCUGGCUGACUGUGCCUAGGGACGGUGCCUGGAGCGAGAAGAUCAUCCCGUGGUGUUUAAAGUGUGGCUCCGGACCGCGCAGGAGUGUGGAUUUGUGUUGACUGAGCCCUCGGCCAUGCAGAUAGGGCUGACCUGGUGUAAACCCUUGUGUCUUAGAAGUGAAUCAUUCCAUUCGUCUUCUUGGUGAACUUUGCUGUUGUAGUGCAGCUCCAAAAUGACCAGAGGUAGACUUGUUAAAGUGGAAUAAUUUUUUUAAAAAUGCCUGACUUUCCAGGAGCUAUAAAUGAGUUUUCAGACCAUGAAGAUAGAAAUUCUCCUGCGGACAGAAAGGGCAAACAGGUGGGACAGUACACAUCAAGCUGGCUUAGCCUUUAAGCAGACAGUGCUGUAAAAACUAAUGGCUUCUCUGAUAUUUAUUAUAAAUGUUAGUACUGAUCUCUCUUUCCAGUGCUGCACACUCCUGUGUUUGGAACUUUAUUUUAAUAGCUUUGCAGCUGAAAUCCAUUAUCUGGUUUCCUGUAAUUUAAAUGAAGAUAAACACAUCCAAAUAAAGGCUUUAUUAUUAACAGACCAGAUAGCACCAGAAAUUAUGUGACUGUCCAUGAUUAUCAUAACGUCUUAACUUUUUAGGGCAAAAUUACACUGAAAGUUCUGGCUUAAGUGUUGGCACUUUUGUGGGGAAAAAAAUCACUUUUGAAACUCAGACUUCAGUGUAUACCCAGUAAUUUAAAAUUAUGUGAUAUGUUUUAAAUUUGAGAACUCGUAAUUACUGUUUUAACGAUUCAGUUUUUGAGACUGGUAAUUGUAUAAAAUUGCUAUUGCAGUUUUAUUUUCAAUAUGAUGUGCCUGUAAACCAUGGUCCUCCCCCCUUUGUAAAAAGACAUUGUAGAUAAUCAAAUGUUUGAUUACAGAAAGGUCAUUAGUUUCCCGUUACACAUUUCGUUAGUCUGGUUUUUGUUGCUUAUCGGGUUUAAUAUUGUUCAUGAAAAUAGUUGAUGCUAUG